AAUGUGCGGUAUCAUUUUCCGUAGUGGAAAUAGUCGAGCCGUAGUCAUCCGGGGACACAUCACUCUGUAUUCUCUUUUCUCCGUCACAGACACGGUUUAACUGUUGCUCCGCUGUGUGAAUGGCAUCUGACUCCAGCUGCGUUUCGCCCGUAGGCCGAAAAGGAGCGCCGCGGUCGUCUUGUUUAAAAUCCCACUCGACGUGAUCCAGACUCGCUUUACGAGUCCACGGAUGCUGCAAAAGCAGAGAAUACCAAAACUACACUUUUUUUUCCCUUCUUUCUUUCUCUCCCUGUACUUUUGUGGUUUCCUAACAUUGACCAGCAUCCCCCUUUUCAGAGUUUGGGUCAUCAAAGUCCUCUUGGAGGAGAAAGAUAGAUGUAGAAAAAAAGCAUGUGUUUGUGGUCCUUUAGAGAUUGUGCAUUUUUAAAGUUGCCCUUAAAUCUUUCACGGUCCCCACUGCAGCUUUUACUUUCGGACAUUUCGGGCCUCGUGGGGCCUCCAGCCAGCAAAACCGAGUCCGCUGGCCAGCAGCGGCCGCUCUCCUUCUCAACCCCCCAAUCAACAAGCCCCAUUGUUUAUGAGAGGUUGUUAUUGUUGGGCUGCAUUCAGAAACAAGAGAAAACUCAAGAGCCCGGCUGUGCAGAGGCGUCCAAAGUAAAGAGAGCGAGGGGUGAGGGGGUGGUGAAGGAAAAAAAAAAAAAAAACGAAAAGCAAAAAUUCCUCUCAUUCCCCGCUGGUGUUUUCCAGAUUCCUCAAGCGACAGCUUCUCGGCUGCGUGAGUGAAGUAAGCGAGCAGAGGGGAAAUUGAAGCUAACGGCGAGAGGAAGAGAACCACAUUCUUGAGGGGACGCGUCACCUACACACAGAAGAGAGAGAGAGAGAGAGAGACACUCAAUCUCACUCCGGCUUUGGCAAACUCUCCAGGCAGCCGGUCAACGUGAUGAAGCAACGCCUCAGGAUCGGGAAGUUCGGGGAGCGCCCUCAGCCACUGCGCCUAACGAGAGAAGCGAUGAGGAAUUACCUGAAGGAGCGAGGUGACCAAACCGUCAUGAUCCUGCACGCAAAGGUCGCACAGAAAUCCUACGGCAAUGAAAAAAGGUUCUUCUGCCCUCCUCCCUGCGUAUACCUGAUGGGCAGCGGCUGGAAGAAAAAGAAGGAGCAGAUGGAGCGAGACGGCUGCUCCGAGCAGGAGUCGCAGCCGUGCGCCUUCAUCGGCAUCGGCAACAGCGACCAGGAAAUGCAACAGCUUAAUUUAGAGGGAAAGAACUAUUGCACAGCCAAAACCUUGUACAUAUCCGACUCCGACAAGAGAAAGCACUUCAUGUUGUCCGUCAAGAUGUUCUACGGCAACAGCACUGACAUCGGUGUCUUCCUCAGCAAGAGGAUCAAAGUCAUCUCCAAGCCCUCCAAAAAGAAGCAGUCGCUCAAAAACGCCGACUUGUGCAUCGCGUCGGGGACCAAGGUGGCGCUGUUCAACCGGCUCCGCUCCCAGACGGUCAGCACGCGCUAUCUCCACGUGGAGGGCGGCAACUUCCACGCCAGCUCCCAGCAGUGGGGCGCCUUUUACAUCCACCUGCUGGACGACGAGGAGUCAGAAGGAGAAGAGUUCACCGUGAGAGACGGCUACAUCCACUACGGCCAGACGGUCAAGCUGGUUUGCUCCGUCACCGGCAUGGCGCUGCCCCGACUGAUCAUCCGUAAAGUGGACAAGCAGACGGCGCUGCUCGACGCCGACGACCCCGUCUCCCAGCUCCACAAGUGCGCCUUCUACCUGAAGGACACGGAGCGCAUGUACCUGUGCCUUUCCCAGGAAAGGAUCAUCCAGUUUCAAGCCACUCCAUGCCCAAAGGAACCAAACAAGGAGAUGAUCAACGACGGCGCCUCCUGGACAAUCAUCAGCACGGACAAGGCCGAAUACACUUUCUACGAGGGCAUGGGCCCGGUCCACUCGUCCGUCACCCCCGUGCCUGUGGUGGAGAGCUUACAGCUCAACGGCGGAGGCGACGUCGCCAUGCUGGAGCUGACGGGACAGAACUUCACUCCUAAUCUGCGGGUCUGGUUCGGAGACGUUGAGGCGGAGACCAUGUACAGGUCUAUGAGGGAGGAAGCUAAAUCAUUCAUAGGGGUCAUGGGAAAAGGUCACAACCAAGAGGUCUUGAGGUGUGCGGAGAGCAUGCUGUGCGUGGUGCCCGACAUCUCCGCCUUCCGCGAGGGCUGGCGCUGGGUGCGGCAGCCCGUCCAGGUGCCCGUCACGCUGGUCAGGAACGACGGCAUCAUCUAUUCCACCACGCUGACCUUCACCUACACGCCGGAGCCCGGGCCGCGGCCGCACUGCAGCGCCGCCGGCGCCAUCCUGCGGGCCGGCAGCUCCACCCUGCUCAGCAGCAGCAGCAACAACAACAGCCAGGAGGCGGGCCCCGGCGUCUACGGCCCCAACAGCACCUCCAACGCGGGAGUCGUCACGUCCUCGUCCUCCGCCGCCGCCGCCGUGGUCUCCUAACGCACGCAGGGGGCCACUCCAUGCGAUGCGCACGCCUCGAGAGCAGAUGUACCACGAGGUAUAUGAAAGACUACGGGAAAUAAUAAGAAAGACAGACUCGCUCGAAAGUGCUGCGCAUUAAUUUUGGAUACAAAGAAGCUGAAAUGGAGAGAAAAGAAAUGGGUGUUGGGGGGCGGGGGAAAAGGAGCGAAACGCAGGGGAAAUCUGAAGGAGUGACAUCGCAGCGCUGUCAGCCAAUGGGAAUAAGCGAGGGGGGGAGGGGUGCUCCUCGACACGCCCCCCCUCCCCCCUCCUGUGGCUACUUUAGGGACCUGCCUAUCCAGCUCCGGGAUUUUUUUUGGAAUGAGUGACAUUCCUGCAGACUCGGAGCACCAGCACCUUUCUGCGACCCGUGAGAAUGGAAACCACGACAACAACAAUACACCCCCCGUCCUCCUCCUCCUCCUCCUCCCGUGGAUGAAAAAAAAAACACAACGGAAAGAAAAAAAAUCUUUUGAAAGGAAAGUAUAUUUUUUUUGCGCCCCCCUCCUCCCCCUCCUCCUCCCGCCACUUGUUUUUAUAAUUAUUCCUUUUGUUUUUUGCGUUGCUUCGUGGUUUCCUGAAGGGGGCUGGGUGCAUCGUGGUUGGAGGAUGCAGAGGGACACACAUAAAACGUGACGAUAACAUAGUUUUUAUGGACCAAGGAUCUUGUAUAAGCUUUAGUAAAGGUACAUUUUUCUCCAUACCUUUUUUGUAUUAAACAUAUAGUACACUUUUGUUACCAAAUAGUUUCUAUUCUUCCUCUGAGCUCGGGCUUUGUUUCCCCCCCUUUGAGGUCCAAAAUACCAACCUGUCUGUUAUUGUGACCUCACGACCGACGCCUGGUCGCUCUAUUGGAUUGAACUUUUUUUAAUUUGUUUUUAUACUCUUGCUUCUUCUGUUGGGGGGAAACAAAUCUGAAGUCUGGGUUGUUUAUUUACAUGAGCGAUGGUUGGGUUUUGUUUAAAAAAAAAUGAAAAUUGAGGAUUAACCUCAGAGGGCCUAUGUUUUUUUUUUACCAUUGGUUUUUAUGAAGUCUUUAAAAAGAAAAGCUUUAAGCAACGCCUCUGCCUUGCCUGCAAUACUCUGUGCGCUAUGUCUCCUUUUGGAAAAAAAGUAUGGAAAGUAUUCACAUCAGUACAUCUCACACGGAGCCAUAGCUACAUUUGCAGAAUACGUGAAAACAAAAAACGGGAAAAAAACGAGACUUCCACGGUUACGAAAAGCAAGUCAACCCGACGUCGUCGUCGAGGACAGCCUUAGGUCGAACCGCUCGCAUAUCUGACACCCUGUACCUGUUGCUCUGUGGGUCGCCGUGAGCCAAUCACAACGUAGAGAAACUCCAAAAGCUGCACCUCUCCCACAGGUGUCUUCCAUCGUGUAGCUCUGGUGGCGGGUUUCCCCCAAAAAAAUAAGAAAAAGAAAGAAAAAAAGUUCAGUUUGAUGUGGCCUUACCGAUAACUUCAAUUACACACAAAAAACACACACACACAACAACAAGUACUUCACCUUUUUUUUUUUUUUGUUGGUACCUGCCGUUUUUUCCCUCACCUUCGGGAGAACCCGUGCGUAGCACAGAAACGAGCCGCCGCCGCCGCCUCGCUACUCGCCACGCGGAGCGGCCUUCCGGAAGGUUCUCUCCGGCCUUCGUACAAGUACAAAAAGCCCGUUUUUUUUAUUUUAUUUUAUUCCCAUGCGGUGCCCAGCGCCUUUCCACUUUUUUGGUACAACGUCUCUCGCGAGCGCCGUAAGCUCUUUACAGCCUUCUUUUCUUCUUUUUUUAAAAUCGAGAACAACAAAAAAACACACACACAAAAAAUAAUCUCCUGUGGAUUUUAUUAUCUCUGCAGAAACAAGCUCGUGUACGUCGUGUACUCGCUGUCUGAGUAGUUGCACUCAUCCGUGUUCGUGGUGACCGCCUCCUGUCGGAGUAUUAAAGCCUUCUAAGUGUGUGUGAGAUCCAACAUGUGCAUUUCCAAACAGAACAGCAAUAUUGUACAGGUCAUUUCAGCCUUUCUUUGUCCGCCUGAGCACUAGUUCACCAGCCAGCAAAGCGUGCGUGUGUGUGUGUGUGUGUGUGUGUGUGUGUGAGAGAGAGUGUGUGUGAGAGCGAGUGUGUGUGUGUGUGUCGUAUGUAGUUGCUGUAAAUGGAAUAUCGAGUCAGACUCGCUCCAUUUUUAAAGUGUGUUCCGACUGCUCUCCAAAAAAAAAAAAAAAAGAAGAGAAGAGAACUCGAGGUUCCCGGUGUUUCUGUCUUCCGCCACGACCCGACCGUCUUGAUUCGUCGUGGAGGAACGUUCGAAGGCAAUACUCGUGGUCUAGUAUUACAGUACAACUGUAUACACUUCCGGGGGAGGGGGGACAAUACUGUAACUUGAAUGUCUGCUUAAUGAAAGUGUUCCAGAAUCUUCCUACAAAUCAAACCCUUGAAAUAGGAACAAAAAAGGAUUUGCUUGCACCUCCCCCCCCCCCCCCCCCGCAUUGAAAAAAAAAAGAUUAAGUUAUGCCCCCCCCCCCAUUUCGCCACCCUCGCCCACCUGUCAGUCAUUAUUGUUAAAUGUUUUAUAUUGUAAUAUUGAUAUUUUUUAAAUUAUUGGUACAAAGUCUCCCCUUGUCUUAUGUCGAAAACAAACAAACAAACAAAAAAAACAUAAAAAUAAGAAAAGUGCAUUAUCGCCCGUGCUGCCUCGGUUGGCGUGGGAGUUUAUUUUUUCAAUUAUUUUUUUCUUCCUCGUUGCUCUUCUUUCAAAGAGGCCACUUCCUGUUCACGCCGCGCAACCGCCGACGAGUCGGCGCGGCGGCGGCGUUCGCAGCCGCGCCGACUCGACCUUGAACCCUUUACUCUGCAGGAUGGAGGUCACGCAAUCUUAACUGUAGAUCUUUAUCUCUUCUACUACUAGCUCUCAAGUUCAGUGAGUUUUUACAUUUAAAAAUAUAUUUUUUUUACAUAGCCUCCCCCCCCCCCUCCUCUUAGAGCUUGGAUAUUUUGGGGUUUUUGUUUACAUGCUGAGUCGCCUCUAAAUCUCCCCACGCGAGUCUGAACAAGGCAGCUUUGUUGCAUUGGCUCAUACCAAUAAAGAGGGGAGGGGGGGAUUGGGGGGGGGGCGAUGCAUGCUUUUCAAAAUGUGUCGCCUUGACAAUCUGAGCUGGUUUACAGUUUUUAUUUCUCUCUCGGGACGUUGGGAGAGAGGGAAGAUGUUCCGAAUAACUUAAGAAAAGGGGACGAGUCAUCGUCGAAAGGGGUACAAAAAAUAAAAGUAACACGCCUUCUUUAAAAAAAGCACUCUGUAUCAACCACAAGGAGAGAGACGAGAAAAACUACAACCCCUCCAUCUCCUCAGCGAUGCGUUCACACGUCAUCAGUCUCGUUCUCUGGUCACAUUUGUUUUACUCUUCCAAAAGCAGCUGUUCUCGUCUGUUUGUUUUUUUUAAAUUUCAUUUUACUAUAAUGAGCUCUGAACAAUGUAUGUAUCCUCUAAUAUGCCAAAUGUCCUUUUUUUUAUAUAACGUAGUUUUCAUGCACUGCUCAACGAAACGGAGUGAGAGGCAGCUUUAAACGGACACGAAAGAAAAAUGUUUUAAAAGAAAGAAAGAAAAGAGGAGCAGUCGGAGCCCUCACUCCGUCAGACUGUUGCGCUCGCCCGAUCUUUUUCUCUCUCGCAUUUCAUCCUCGCUCUCUACCGCUCAUGUUUGUGUGUUUGUACAUUUGGAGUUCCACGUCUCCCUUUUUUAUUUUUUAACACGCGGCCUUUUACGCAUAGCUUCGCUCCAGUUGAAUCGGCUUCUCGGCCUCCUCUUCUCCUCCUCCUCUUCUCCUCCUCCACGUGCUUUCACUCUCACUGCGUCUGUGUGUUAUUCUAGUGAGUGGUGAGCAGAGGUGUCCUUGUGGUAGUGUACUCAGAGCUCAAAGGGUUGCUGAUGGUAGAAACCUGUGCCGUUUUGUAACAUUUAGCAAUAACGUCAAAACAAAAAAGGGGACGGUGUUUUAUUUCAAUUUUAUUUUUUUACCUUUUUUUUUAUAUAACAUACUGUUAGUUUGUUUUUUGUUGUUGUUGUACAUAUUGCAGCUCCGGAUCGUGCUCAAAUCUGUAUGUCAUUAAAAGAAGAAAAGAAAAGGAGAAAGAAAGGAUGAAAAAAAAAAACUUGCAAUAUUGGCAUACAAAUGAGAAAUAAAAAAAAAAAGUGAUAUAAAAUCUC